UAAUUUAUAACGGUUUUCCAUAUUUUCAUAAUAAUAAUAAGUUUUAAUUAGUAACCUCAUAAUCAUAUUAACCUUGCCAAACCCAUUCAUGAAACAAACGUGGACCUCUCUUCCCUUCACCCCUUAUAACCCACCUUCACCCCCACCUCUAUCAACCCUUCUAUUCACACCCUCUAUCAUAUUCUGCCACCCAUGCCGGACCACCGCGGGCAAGGGGAGCAGGGUCGCCGGAAAGGCGGGCUUGGGAAACGGGCCUCUGCCGCUUCUGGCGAACAAGAGGGUACACUAGCUCCUUGUGGUGCUUGUAAGUUUCUUAGGAGGAAGUGUACAAAUGGGUGCAUUUUUGCUCCUCAUUUCGGGUCGGACCAAGGUGCAGCCCGUUUCGCGGCCGUUCAUAAGGUGUUUGGAGCUAGUAAUGUGUCUAAGUUGUUGCUUCAUAUUCCGGUGAACCGGAGGCAGGAUGCCGUGGUUACCAUAUCAUACGAGGCUCAAGCUCGGCUUUCUGAUCCGGUUUAUGGUUGCGUCUCAACAAUACUUGCCUUGCAGCAACAGGUAGCAACCUUACAAGCAGAGUUAGCGAUGGUACAGAGCCAAGUAAUGAACAGCCGGUUGGCGAUGGCAAACGCCCUUCAGACCUCACAACAACAUCAACAACACCAGCAACUAAGCAACAACAAUGGAUAUGAAGUAAUGCAUCUUCCUCAUCACCACCAUGUUCAUCAGCCAGCUUACUCCAACAAUUCAUCAGCUUCAAACAACCUUCUUAACCUGAAUAAUACUACUACUGCAACUGCAACUGCAACUGCGGCAGCUGCAUAUGCUUCUUAUAAUAAUAAUAAUAAUAAUAAUAGUAAUGAGUUUGGUGCUACUGUUGCUGAUGCUUCUACUGCUCCGUCUUCCCACAGUCUUGAUCUUCUGCGUCUUUCUAGACCGUCACAAGAUGAUGAUGAAGAUGAUGAACAUAUUAGCCGCAACCACAUUGCCUUUGCCAACCACCUCAUCCAUUAACCAUCGUUUAAUUGGUACUUGAGUAUUGGCACGUUUUAUAUUACUUUGACCAUCAUUGUAAUUUGUAAGUUUAAAGAGAUAGUUCAAGGGACAAAACAAGAGUUUAGAUAUAAGAAACUCGUGCUUCCAAAGUUUCAUAGCCA